CACUAACCCCUACUCUACUCUCUACUCCACUUUCUCUCAUAUAACAGUUCGAGCUCACUCUCUCUCUCUCUCUCUCUCUCUAUUUAUGAUCUCAUCUUCAUCCGUGUCCGAAUCUCAAGCUUCGAUUCUGAACAAAACAAAGGGAAGGUCACUCAACAUAGUCAAUUUCAGGUAUCUUUUGAUAUUGAGAGCAAACUCUAAUGGCUCCGAAUCCAAGAGUUGUUAAUGCUUUCCGAGCUAUGAAGGGUCUAGGUAUUGAAGAAGGAAAGGUCAAAAGAGUUUUGAAAAAGCUUUUAAAAUUGUAUGACAAGAAUUGGGAACUCAUUGAAGAAGAGAACUAUAGAGCUUUAGCUGAUGCUAUAUUUGAAGAAGAUGAUACCAUUGAGGAGGAGAAGAAAAAAGGAAGUGAUCAUAAUCCUGGACACCAGGACGAUGAUAUGGAUGAAGAAACACUCGUAAAUGAACCUGUUCGGCCCUUCAAAAGGUUAAGAAAAGGAGGGCACGAAGUGAAUCAGCCAGGGAAUGUGACAGAAUCGCCCGUGGCUAGAGCUGAAGGUAGCUCUAUUUCAACUCAGCGCGCUGUUAUAAAAGACAAAGGCAAGCGGCCCAUGGUUUCGGAUGGUGGUUUUCACCCUAUGCAGCAGCAGGUUACUACUGCUUUUCAAUUGGUUAUGCCUAAAGAUGAGCCUUAUACAGAGGACAUGUUUGCUUCGGGCUUACCACAAUACGAGCCUCCGAUUGGGGUGCUUAAUCCAAAGCCUUUAACAAUUAGAAGCAUUCCAGUGCAAAAUGAUGGGAGUGGUGGAGAAAAUGGCAAGAAAUCUUCUGAAGACCACAAUAGAGAAGGGAGAACUGAUGGUGUUGCGUUUUCACCAGGUGAGGUUGUAACAGACAAUGAGCUUGCAACCGUCCAAUCUUCUUCUAAUGUAGAGGUUGCUACCUCACCCACAGGAGAGGUAAAGCUUUCUCUAAGUUGCAAUUUGGCUUCGAGGAGAUCCAAUUUCCGCUUGCCUAAUAUAGAUGAUGUUAUAAAACUGACGGAAGCUAAAUGUCUGCAUACAUACAAAAUCAAUGACCCGAAUUUUUCUGUCAUGAAAUUGUUAAGAAAUAUGUGCGAAAGCUUCCUCGAACUUGGAACUGAUGAGACUGAUGAAUCACAGGAUGGUACAGUAAAUUUAUCAACUUUAGAUGUAUUGAAAAGAUCUCCUGCACGGAAUGCUUUGGGGGCUAGUAGAGAAAAUGUAUCCAUUUCAUCGUGUACCUCAAAUGGAGUUGUCAAUGGUGAAUGCCAUAUUUCUGUGGAUGCUUCUCAAAUUCCAAUUGGAGUGCCCCUGACUAGCCUGGACGGUUAUGCUGGGAAAGAUAAGGACAGGGAUCUGGAAGACCACAACACCACAAAUAGUAAGAGUUUGGUAGUUGCUUCACCGUGUGAAAUGGAUCCUGGCGAUCUAAGAUCUCUUCAUUAUAUUAAUGACAUUAGCAAAGGUGAAGAAAGAGUUAGUAUUCCUUGGCUAAAUGAGAUAAACAGUGAAUGUCCAUCGUCCUUUCAUUAUAUCUCCCAAAGCAUUGUUUUUCAAAAUGCUGAGAUUAAUAUCUCUCUUUCUGGAAUUGGAAAUUCUAGUUGCUGUCCAAAUUGCUUCGGUGAUUGUCUAUCAGCGGUUGAGCCCUGUAUCUGUGCCCGUGAAACUGGAAGUCAAUUUGCAUAUACAACUGCUGGUGUUGUGAAGGAUGUCUUUCUUGAAGAAUGUAUCAAUAAAACACGUGACCCUCAACAGCUCUGCACUUAUUUUUGUGGAGAUUGCCCACUUGAAAGAUCGAAGAAUGAUGUUUGCUUGGAACCAUGCAAAGGCCACAUAAAGAGAAAUUUUAUCAAAGAAUGUUGGAGCAAAUGUGGCUGCAAUAAGCAGUGUGGCAACCGAAUAGUGCAGCGAGGCAUAACUUGCAAUUUGCGGGUGUUUUUCACUUCCGAGGGAAAAGGAUGGGGUUUACAAACACUGGAGGACUUGCCAGAAGGCACGUUUGUGUGUGAGUAUGUUGGAGAAAUACUGACUUGCACAGAGUUAUACAAGAGGAACAUGCAUGACAAAAGUAGAAAAGACACAUAUCUUGCUCUGCUUGAUGCCGACUGGGAUGCUAGUGGAGCAUUGAAAAAUGAAAAAGCUCUGUGUUUGGACGCAACACAUUAUGGAAAUAUUGCUAGGUUUAUUAACCACAGAUGUUUUGAUGCAAACUUGAUUGAGAUCCCGGUUGAAGUGGAGACCCCCGACCAUCGCUACUACCGUCUGGCUUUCUUCACUGCGAGAAAUGUUAAUGCCAUGGAAGAGCUAACUUGGGAUUAUGGGAUUGACUUUGAUGACCUCGAUCAUCCUAUUAAGCCAUUCGAGUGUCGAUGUAGCAGUAAAUUCUGUAGAAACAUGAAACGUCCAAUCAGGUCGAAAUCCUUGUCUAACACAAGAUGAAGAGCUAGCGACAAACGAACGAGGCAAUUGGUAGUUUUUCAUUUUUUAUUGGGAGCUUUUUGUUAAUGAUCUAUGUCUGUUAUUCUCCAUAGACUACUAAGGAGACCUCAUCUUCUUCUUCCUAUGUGGGUUCAUUUUGGAUUAACUCUGUAGUAUAGAGUUUAGGUAGUUGAAGUUGGUUGUUUGUACAGAGUUUUUUUUUUGUAGAUUAGCCGUUUUAAUGUGCCUGCCAUGUAGGUCUUCGGGGUUGCAUGCUCGGGGCGAUUGUGAACAAACCACCCAUCUCUUUUUUUGUAUGACUUGUCCUUUUGAAGGGCUAAAAACAUGUUUUGGUUGAUUCUAUCUAGUUCUAAUAACUAUGGUAUAGAGUUUAGUGACAA